CCACGCAGGGCUGCUGAUUAGAGCGGCAGUCUCUCCAGAUGGGGAGCAUGGACUGAGGGGCGACACCACCAUGCCAGGGGGAGGCCUCGCAGGAGCCCAUCCAGGAACCCCUAUAUCACAUCCGCAUUUGACAAGCUGGUGACCAAGAUGCCCAGAGACUAGUCCCCAUGCUUGUGUGUCACUUUAGACCUGGUCAUAAGACGCAGCAAGCCUCCAGUCCUCCUGACCUGUUGCUUGGGGACACAGCCCUUCACCGCUCCUGACGUCUGCCUGGUCGACAUUGGCUUCCUUAGAGAACAAGGAAGGAGGUGGGGACACAUGAAAUCAUGCCACCCAAGGCUGAAUGGCAAUGAGCCGGUGACGCCAAGUUGACGUCAAAGACAGAGGCGACUGAAAUUCUGUAACCAGCUCUUUUUUUUUUCCGGAGCAGCUCAGGUCUCCUGCAAGAGUCCAUCUUAGCCUGGAGGUCUUCCAAAGGACACAGGCACCAUGGAAGAACACACAUUUGGGGUUCAACAGAUCCAACCCAAUGUCAUUUCUGUCCGUCUCUUCAAACGCAAAGUCGGGGGUCUGGGCUUCCUGGUGAAGGAACGGGUCAGCAGGCCACCCGUGAUCAUCUCAGAUCUGAUUCGAGGGGGUGCUGCGGAGCAGAGCGGCCUCAUCCAAGCCGGAGACAUCAUUCUCGCCGUCAAUGGCCGGCCCCUGGUGGACCUCAGCUAUGACAGCGCCCUGGAGGUACUCAGAGGCAUUGCCUCUGAGACCCACGUGGUCCUCAUUCUGAGGGGCCCUGAGGGCUUCACUACACACCUGGAGACCACCUUCACAGGGGAUGGAACCCCCAAGACCAUCCGGGUGACCCAGCCCCUGGGUGCCCCCACCAAAGCCGUCGAUCUGUCCCACCAACCGUCAGCCAGCAAAGACCAGCCAUUAGCAGUAGGCAGGGUCGCAGGUCCAGGUAAUGGGCCUCAGCAUGCCCAAGGCAAUGGACAGGAAGCUGGCUCAGUCUCCCAGGCUAAUGGUCUGGCCAUUGACCCUACAAUGAAAAGCACCAAGGCCGGUCUCCAGGACAGUGGAGACCAUGAUGAACUGCUCAAAGAGAUAGAGCCUGUGCUGAGCCUCCUCAAUAGCGGAGGCAAAGCAGUCAGCAGAGGGGGACCAGCCAAAGCAGAGAUGAAAGACACAGGAGUCCAGGUGGACAGAGACCUGGAUGGCAAGGCACCCAAAGCCCUGCCCCUGGGCGGUGACAAUGACCGAGUCUUCAAUGACCUGUGGGGGAAGGGCAACGUCCCUGUGGUCCUCAACAAUCCGUAUUCAGAGAAGGAGCAGCCCCCUGCCUCGGGGAAACAGUCCCCUACCAAGAAUGGCAGUCCUUCCAGGUGCCCCCGCUUCCUCAAGGUCAAGAACUGGGAGACAGAUGUGGUCCUCACUGACACUCUGCACCUCAAGAGUACAUUGGAAACAGGGUGCACAGAGCACAUCUGCAUGGGCUCUAUCAUGCUGCCAUCCCAGCACACUCGGAAGCCAGAAGACGUCCACACCAAGGACCAGCUCUUCCCACUAGCCAAAGAAUUUCUCGACCAAUACUACUCAUCCAUUAAAAGGUUUGGCUCCAAGGCCCACAUGGACAGGCUGGAGGAGGUGAAUAAGGAGAUUGAAAGCACUAGCACCUACCAGCUCAAGGACACCGAGCUCAUCUACGGCGCCAAGCACGCUUGGCGGAAUGCUGCUCGAUGUGUGGGCAGGAUCCAGUGGUCCAAGCUGCAGGUGUUUGAUGCCAGAGACUGCACCACAGCCCACGGCAUGUUCAACUACAUCUGCAACCACGUGAAGUACGCCACCAACAAAGGGAACCUAAGGUCGGCCAUCACUAUCUUCCCUCAGAGGACUGACGGUAAGCAUGACUUCCGAGUGUGGAACUCACAGCUCAUCCGCUACGCCGGCUACAAGCAGCCAGAUGGCUCCACCUUGGGGGACCCAGCCAAUGUGCAAUUUACAGAGAUCUGCAUACAGCAGGGCUGGAAGGCCCCGAGAGGCCGCUUCGAUGUCCUGCCGCUCCUGCUCCAGGCCAACGGCAAUGACCCUGAGCUCUUCCAGAUCCCCCCAGAGCUGGUGCUGGAAGUGCCCAUCAGGCACCCCAAGUUCGAUUGGUUUAAAGACCUGGGGCUCAAAUGGUACGGCCUCCCUGCUGUGUCCAACAUGCUGCUCGAGAUUGGCGGCCUGGAGUUCAGCGCCUGUCCCUUCAGCGGCUGGUACAUGGGCACAGAGAUCGGUGUCCGUGACUACUGUGACAACUCUCGAUACAACAUCCUGGAGGAAGUAGCCAAGAAGAUGGACUUGGACACCAGGAAGACGUCCUCACUGUGGAAGGACCAGGCGCUGGUGGAGAUCAACAUUGCUGUUCUGUACAGCUUCCAGAGUGACAAGGUGACCAUCGUUGACCACCACUCAGCCACGGAGUCCUUCAUCAAACACAUGGAAAAUGAAUACCGCUGCAGAGGGGGCUGCCCCGCCGACUGGGUGUGGAUUGUGCCCCCCAUGUCGGGCAGCAUCACCCCUGUCUUCCACCAGGAGAUGCUCAACUAUCGACUCACCCCAUCCUUCGAAUACCAGCCUGACCCAUGGAACACCCAUGUGUGGAAGGGCACCAACGGGACCCCCACGAAGCGGCGAGCAAUUGGCUUCAAGAAAUUGGCAGAAGCCGUCAAGUUCUCAGCCAAGCUGAUGGGGCAAGCCAUGGCCAAGAGGGUCAAAGCAACCAUUCUCUACGCCACGGAGACAGGCAAAUCACAAGCCUAUGCCAAGACGCUGUGCGAGAUCUUCAAGCACGCCUUUGAUGCCAAGGCAAUGUCCAUGGAGGAGUAUGACAUUGUGCACCUGGAGCACGAAGCCCUGGUCUUGGUGGUCACCAGCACCUUUGGCAAUGGAGACCCCCCUGAGAACGGGGAGAAAUUUGGCUGUGCUUUGAUGGAGAUGAGGCACCCGAACUCUGUACAGGAGGAAAGGAAGUACCCGGAACCCUUGCGUUUCUUUCCCCGUAAAGGGCCUUCCCUCUCCCAGGCUGACUCUGGAACCCACAGCCUGGUUGCUGUCCGUGACAGCCAGCGCAGGAGCUACAAGGUCCGAUUCAACAGCGUCUCCUCUUACUCUGACUCCCGCAAGGCAUCAGGCGACGGACCCGACCUCAGGGACAACUUUGAAAGUACUGGACCCCUGGCCAAUGUGAGGUUCUCGGUAUUCGGCCUGGGCUCUCGGGCGUACCCCCACUUCUGCGCCUUCGGGCACGCAGUGGACACCCUCCUGGAGGAGCUGGGAGGGGAGAGGAUUCUGAAGAUGAGGGAGGGGGAUGAGCUCUGUGGGCAGGAAGAAGCCUUCAGGACCUGGGCCAAGAAGGUCUUCAAGGCAGCCUGUGAUGUGUUCUGCGUUGGGGAUGAUGUCAACAUCGAGAAGGCGAACAAUUCCCUCAUCAGCAAUGACCGCAGCUGGAAGAGGAACAAGUUCCGCCUCACCUACGUGGCUGAGGCUCCAGAGCUGACACAAGGUCUUUCCAACGUCCACAAAAAGCGAGUCUCAGCCGCUCGAUUCCUUAGCCGCCAAAACCUGCAGAGCCCUAAAUCCAGCCGAUCAACCAUCUUCGUGCGUCUCCACACCAAUGGGAAUCAGGAGCUGCAGUACCAGCCAGGGGACCACCUAGGUGUCUUCCCUGGCAACCACGAGGACCUCGUGAAUGCACUCAUUGAGCGGCUGGAGGAUGCACCGCCUGCCAAUCACAUGGUGAAGGUGGAGAUGCUGGAAGAGAGGAACACAGCUCUGGGUGUCAUCAGUAACUGGAAAGAUGAGCCUCGCCUCCCACCCUGCACCAUCUUCCAGGCCUUUAAGUACUACCUGGAUAUCACCACGCCGCCCACGCCCCUGCAGCUGCAGCAGUUCGCCUCCCUGGCCACCAGCGAGAAAGAGAAGCAGCGGCUGCUGGUCCUCAGCAAGGGGCUGCAGGAAUACGAGGAGUGGAAAUGGGGUAAAAACCCCACUAUGGUGGAGGUGCUGGAGGAGUUCCCGUCCAUCCAGAUGCCGGCCACACUUCUCCUCACCCAGCUCUCGCUGCUGCAGCCUCGUUACUAUUCCAUCAGCUCCUCUCCGGACAUGUACCCCGACGAGGUGCACCUCACCGUGGCCAUUGUCUCCUACCACACCCGAGAUGGGGAAGGACCAAUUCACCACGGUGUGUGCUCCUCCUGGCUCAACCGGAUACAGGCUGAUGAUGUAGUCCCCUGCUUCGUGAGAGGUGCCCCAAGCUUCCACCUGCCUAGAAACCCCCAGGUCCCUUGCAUCCUGGUUGGCCCAGGCACCGGCAUCGCGCCCUUCCGAAGCUUCUGGCAACAGCGACAAUUUGACAUCCAACACAAAGGAAUGAAUCCCUGCCCCAUGGUCCUGGUCUUCGGGUGCCGACAAUCCAAGAUAGAUCAUAUCUACAGAGAAGAGACCCUGCAGGCCAAGAACAAGGGUGUCUUCAGGGAGCUGUAUACUGCCUACUCCCGGGAACCUGACAGGCCAAAGAAAUAUGUCCAGGACGUGCUGCAGGAGCAGCUGGCCGAGCCCGUCUACCGCGCCCUGAAGGAGCAGGGAGGCCACAUUUACGUCUGUGGGGACGUCACCAUGGCCGCCGAUGUCCUCAAAGCCAUCCAGCGCAUCAUGACCCAGCAGGGGAAGCUGUCAGAGGAGGAUGCUGGUGUGUUCCUCAGCAGACUGAGAGAUGACAACCGGUACCAUGAGGACAUCUUUGGAGUCACCCUGCGAACAUAUGAAGUGACCAACCGCCUUAGAUCUGAGUCCAUUGCCUUCAUUGAAGAGAGCAAAAAAGAUACAGAUGAGGUUUUCAGCUCCUAACUGGAUCCUCCUGCCCCAUGGGAUGGUGGGGUGGCCGCCCCAAGUGCCCAAGCGAGGGGGCGGCCGCAGGUUGACUAAACGCGGACACACAUGGCUGAACCUUCCCCCCACAGGACCCCAUGUGGCCCCCUCCUUGCCUUUUGUCCUGUUGCUAUGUCCUGGUCCUUCCUCCCGCUCCGCUCCGGGCUGGGCUCUCUCACCAACCCCCCAACCCUGGGUUUUCUCCUUGACUCUUGGGCUGCGAUGCACCACCGCCCUUGUACCCUGCCGUGGCUCUUACAAAACUGCAUCCUCCCUACCUGCUUGCUGCCGAGGGCAGGUUGCGGCGCAUGAAACCACCGGGUCGUGGCUGUCCCUUUCUGUUGGGGUCUGGAGGCAACUGGCACUGGGCUUCAGAGUCCCCCUGAGCCAGUCCCUUAACCACUUCAGACCCCUCCGGUCCUUUUCUAUGGUGUGUGCGUGUGCGUGCGUGCGUGGGCGCGCGAGCGUCAGGCCUAAGUCACCCUCUGUCCCCUUGCCUGAGUCCACUGCCUUCGUGAAAGAUGUCCAGUGCCAUGAGACGUGUUCCUAGCUAUUGUUAAUCCCUCCCAUGUCCGUCCGUCCAUCCGUCCGUCCGUCGUGACAGAUCUGUGCCAGCCUCUCCGAAACGCAUCAAGCCCCCUUGCUCAUCUGGGUGAACCCAUCACAGAAGGAGAUAGGCAGAGUGAUGAAGAGGAAGGUGUCCCUGCGAAGGAGCCAAUCACAGAGUCUGAGGUGUUCAGAGUCUGACCCCAUCAGCAGAGGUCUGUCUGGGAAAUUUACUCAGACAGUGGAUUGCGCAAGCGCCUCCCCAUUCCCACCCAUCCCAGCUGGGGCCACCAGAUGGUGAGCUUCCCCCCACCCCACCCCCAGGCAACCGCAGCCAUGGGUCCAGCGGCCAUGCUGUUGUGCAGGGAAGCAUGCUGGGAGUAAGGACUUCACCGUCAAGGAAUGGUGUUUGCCCUUAUUAAAUGAACGGGCCUCCUUUAGUGCCUUGGCGCCGGGCGGCAAAUGCCAAGGAAGAAGGAGAUAGUUGCCUGUUAUUCUUCCAGAUGAGCUUGCCUCCUGCUUGAGAAUAAUCCCCUCCCACCCACCCACCACCACCACCAAAGCCAGCAGCAUAGGCAACAGUGAGAAGUUUAGCCAGGGCAAGUCGGCCUUCAGCGGCAGGCAACCAUCUUCGGAGUCAGCCGAGUGGCCUCUUAGCUGAAUGAAUAAAUAAAUAAAAGCUACAUCAGGCAGCAUGGACAGUCAAGAACCCCUCCCCCCCGGACCCCCCAGGCUCGAGAGAUCAGCUCUGGGUCCCAUGUUCUGUGCUCCUCCUGUUUGGUUUUAUGAGUGAGAAAAGCAAAAACAAAAAAAAAUUCCCCUGUGUCCUGAGCUGGGGCCUGGUUCUCCUGAUGGAUGCUGAGUGUGGGGGCUGCCAAGUAGGAAGUGCCAAGGACUUUACAGUUGUGGGGCCCAAACCCUAAGGCCUUCAAUCCUGCCUUCCUUUCUUUUCUUUCUUCUCUCUCUCUCUCUCUCUCUCUCUCUCUCUCUCUCUCUCUCUCUCUCUCUCUCUCUCUCUCUCUCUUUCUCUCUCUUUCUCUUUCCUUCUUUCUUUUUUUUUUCCCCAGACAAGAUCUCCUGUUGCCCAGGCUGGCUUUGAACUCAUGACCUUGAAUCCCAACUCCUCUUGCCUCUAUUUCCCUUGUGCUAGGAUCAAGGUGUGCACUAUCACAUCCAGUUUAUGCUGUGCUGGGGGGGGAGGGAGGGGGCGGUCAAACCCACAACCUCCUGCACGCUGCACACCAGGCAAGCACUUGUAUUAAGCUCCAUCCCUGGCCUUCAAGCAAGCCCCCGCCUGAAACUCAGAGAGAGUUCUCAGGUUGCCCUGGACACCCCCACCGUGUCCCAUCACUAGCGUGUGGACUUCGUCCCAGUUAUCACCUUACCCACCCUCCUUUAGUCGCAAUGGUUCCUAUUCAGUCUUCCGUGACUAUGGGGACUAAGCUCCCAGUACCUCAUCGCUACCUUCUGUGGCCUGGAGGCAAGGGGGCGGUGACCUCCUACUGCCCCUCCCACACAGUUCCCACGGCUUUCUUCCCAGGGACUGACUUCUCAAUCUUUCAAGCCUCUGAGGACACUUCCUAACAUGUAGCUGAUUCUCCAGAUUGAAAUUGCGAUGUCCCACCUCCAUCCAAGAGCCCUCUCCUCUCUCUGCACGCCAAGCUGCAUGCAAGCAUGCAUGAGUGAUUUUUUUUCCACCUCUGAAUGAGGAGCACUGACUGAGCGGCAGGCUCCUCCCCACUCCCCACCCCGGUGCUCUCAGUAGCGGGUGGACAGACGGAAGCUUCAUGUCACUUGCCAGAGAGUCCAAAGACAUGAUAAAUAUAACUGGGUUCAAGAAGGACUUUGCUUUUAAAGUGCUAGGGAUGAGACCCAGGGCCCCACACGGGCCAGGCUGAGCUACAUCCCCAAGCCCCAAGAGAGAAUGUUUUAAAAAAGACCUCUGAACUCUUAACACAGGCAGCUUCCUUAGCGCCUGGCUAGAAGGGCGGAGACUGGUUGGAUGCCCUUCUCUCCUUUUCCAAAAAAGCCUUCUUAAGUCACUUAUCCAAAGGCUGAGCGAGGUUAGCAUCGAGGGUGGGUCAAUACUGCCCUCUGCUGGUGGUUUUUAGUUCAGGCCCACAGCCAGCAGCAACAAGUGCAAAGCACUACUCAGAAUAAGAGACCAGGGUGGGUGAGCAUUUUCGGAGGUCCGGUUUGUAGCCGGUUUGCCUCGCCUUCUACCUUGGCAGUAGCUCCAACCUCACUUCACAGAAAAGCAGGUUUGACCAGGAGGAAGAAGAUAACCCCUCAAAACAGGAGGACUGGAGACUUACAUGCCCUGCCAUCCCUGUGACUUCUGUUCCCAACAAGUUCAGCUUGUGGGAGGGGAGAGGGCUUCCUUGCAUGUCCUUAGAUAAGAAAGCAGGUGACUUUGAGGGGGCAAUGCUUAGAUUCCCCCUAUGAAGUUUCUCAAGCUGACCUGACCCACAGACUCAUUUUGCCUUGUUUAUGCAGAAGGCCUGGUUCCUUGGCAUGUCUUAGAAUCCACACUCUACCUGAGCAAGGUGGCUUUAACGAGAUAAUGCUCCAUGACAGUGCCAACUCAAGCUCUAAUGAGCAUCCAUUUCCCCUUAUGGCUGAUGGACAGCACCUUUCCGACGUCGAGAUUAUCGCCAUCACUAGCUUGAGUGAGGGGCGGGGCAGGCGAAGUCACAGAUUCUUAAGCUAAGUCAACAAUAUUUGCCACCUGUCUGUCGUAGAGAGAAUAGAGAGAUCCUGCCCCGCCCCCAUGGACAAGAAAGUUGAGUCAGGGCCUCAGGACAAAGGAAGAAAGUGAAUCAGCCAGAAAGCACAGGACCAAGGGUGUGGAUCUCCCUGGCAAAGACCUGCUUCGGGAUACAAGAGUUCAGGGCAAAAUGGAAUGGUUACAGACCCUGAUGUCUGAGCCCGACAUCCCUGCAGCAUCCAUCUCUCUCUCUCUCUCUCUCUCUCUCUCUCUCACACACACACACACACACACACACACACACACACACACACACACACUCUCACUACACACCACACCACACCACACACAGCCUUUUAUUGUGCCCUAGGAAAGUUCUGGGCUUCUAGGUUGAGGUCAGCCAAGGUUUAAUCUUAUUUUCUUUCCACCUCGGGCUCUGCUUCCUCAGGACCCAACCUUGAGAGGUUCAGGCUUCCCUGGCUUCUUCUCUUUUCUUAUUCACUGCCAGAUCCCACCUAGAGGGAAAGGCACCCAAGAGGACACAUUGACCGUGUCUUGAACAUGAGGACCCAGGUUGGACAUCUUAAUCCCCAAAGCCAAAAUGCUCCAAAACCUAAAAUGCUUUGGUACAGCCAAGUGAAUGCUUUAAUUUAGCCACAAAAUGACUUACAAAGAAUGGGAACACUGGGUGUGAACUCAAGGGUAGAGUUUGCCUAGCAUGCCCAGAGUCCUCGAUUCCAUCCCAGCACCAUAAACAAAUUGCCUCAGGCUACGUAGGUAAGGUGUAUCUAUGAAACAAAUGAAUUUCAUAUUUAGAGGUGGGUCCCAGCUACCAAAUAUCCCAUUAUGAAUAUGCAAACAUUAUUUUUUAAAUCCAAAAUCGGAAAUACUUCUUGUCACGGUAUUUUAGCAAAGUACAGUCAACCAGUCAGAGUCAAGGAAGAUAGUGGGGUGAGUGUGCCUCACCUGUGUGUGUUUGUUUGGAUCUGGAUGUAUCUCAGUGGCUCUGGAGAACCGGGGCAUCUCUGACCCAAGGCAGUCAGUUCCUAAGGAAGUGUCCCUGGAAGGCAGAGCAACGGUGACUUUACGCACUGAUAGCCUCCGUCUCCCAGACGAGUCAGGACAUGGAAGUGGCCAGGUUUGAUCAUGACCUCUUGGAGAUUCUAGCCAGGAGCCCACUAACCUUGGCCUUCUUGUUCGGAGCUAAAUGAGUCUUCCUAACAUGGGCUGUCUUGGGUAUUGUAGGACGCUGACUACCAUCUGUGGCUUUUCCUACUAAAUGCCUCUAGCAGGCUCCCGCCAUCUGUGACAGCCACAAAGGUCACCAGAAAGUCCUGAGUGCCCCUGAGAGGGCAGAACCUUCAGCCAUUGGACCAAGAAACCAUGGCUUUUGGAUCUCGGGGGGCCGUGGAACUGUCUACCUGCUGCUGCAGGCCUUCUGGUUACAGAUCUGGAGGGAGUCAGCAGCCUGCCUCAGUUCAAUGGUUGCUUCUCUAACCUGCUUCACACCGAGACCCAAAAGCUUUGUGGACGAUGAUAUAGCCAAGUCUCCAACUCCCAAGCCAGAGGGUAGCCAAGAAGCGUUUGAAAAACAGAUGGCCCUGAGGAGCCAUCUCUCAAGUAGGGUCUGAGGCUAUCCCCUGUCCCCAUCCCACCUCUGUGCCCCGAGCUCUGUUUCCACACUUUAGUUGCUCCGUUGUCCUUGUGACUGUGUGACUCACUCUAGGUUCAGCAAUUGCUUGCCGGAAGUCCCACACGGGAUCAGGUUACACCCGGGAGUGUUCACUGUGGGGUUAUAGGGAGUGGGGGGCGGGGAGGCAUGGGCAGAGCCUGGGUUCCAUCUCACCACACACAAGCUGUCAGAAACUCGGCUGCCCCCACCCACCUCUGACGUCUCUCUCGAUGCUGCUAAUCUCUGCCAAGUGUCCCGUGUGCUCCAGCACCGCCACCUGCCCCCCACGCCCUCCGCGAGGUUGUCCAGCCUGUGGUCUCGCAUGCUUCUCUUCUAUAUAAUCUUCACCUUCUCAUUUUAUGGGAUUCAACACAAAGUCUACUUAUGCUUGUUUGCAUUAUGGUUAAACUAUUAAAAAAAAAAAAAAAACGUGGACCGACUCUA